UCGUGUGAUCUUUCCGCUGGGCAAAACAACAUAUAGUGGAGCAGAUGCGCUUUUUGCUUACAACGGUUACAGGUAUAUAUAUUCGGGUAUUGGUCCGGGUAGCAGAAGUGAUAGGCUAUGGAGUUGGCGUAGAUAUUUACAAUUUUUUCGCCAACCGACUGCGUGUUUUUCGUUCACCGUGAAGGAAUCGACCUUGCUUUUUUUCCCGCUGAGACUGUGCAGCGCGUUCCCGGGUAACAUGGUUACGAAAAUUCAGCGCAAACACAAAUGCACAAGGAAGCAAAGGCACAACACGAGCAUUUCCUUCCUUGCCCCCUUGUGUUGGCACUGAAUUUUCGUAACCACAAGUGCAACAUUCGAACUAACCCAAUCAGCCGUCGUGUCCCGUGUACGUGUUCAAGUAGUGCUUUUCUGGUUGAUGUCCUCGUGUACCCAGUGAUCACAGCUGGUCGUAGUGCCGUUUGCUUCUGUGGUUCAUCAAUAGACGGUGCCUGUGUCGUCAAGGUCAACUCACCGAAGACGGCGCUCCCUCAAGGGCUGCAGAAGACAGUGGAAACCUUUCCCUUCCUCAUCCCGAACAACUUCUCUUUCAAUCGGGGGACCACGUAACAAAGCGUGACCUCCUCCAGUCCGUGGCCAGGCUCUGUGGCUGGUGAUAAGCCGAGGCAGGCUCUGUGGUGUGGUCAUUUGUUGGAAUGAUGGGGGUUGCAAAUACUGCCACUGUCUUCGCGCUUCCAAAGCUCUUUGUUCAGCGCCAGUAAGGUAGUGACCCCGUCUCCAGGUUUCCCGGCUGUUGACGCGAUCUACAUGUUUUUUGAGAAACAUUCCUGGGGAGGGCCGUGUUGCGGCGUGAGCGCCAUUGUUGGCUUACUCCACGUGCAGCUGACUGUUUUCGUGCACGGUGAGUCAUCGCACGUGACUAAUACGUCAGCAAUUGACAAGACCAUGGAGGCGACCCACGAUAAAUUUCCUGAUAGGAGGUCUUUAGAUAGCCUCCUCUCCUUCCACUGCUGAAAGAGGGGUAGUGGGAACCCGUCUGUGCGUGCAGCCGACGUGGCUAUGCCAUGACCUCAACCUGACUGCCUCUGCCACUGGCAUGUCAGUCGUCGUGCAAUUGCGUCCGUGGUGGGCCACUGGAGAUCGUCACUGGAGGUGGACCUGAUCGUAACCCGUGGCGUCCGACAUUCUACUAGUUGUUACCCAUUCAAGAGUUACCCAUUCAAGUACGUUCUCAGACUGGAAGCGCGGCCAUCACGACCAGCGUGUUGAGCUUCCAACUACAAGGCCUACGUGAACGAAGAAUCGGCACGCGCCGCGACGAAGCAAAAAAAAAAAAAAUGGAACCUAGCUACCUGUGUGUCCCGUGCACCAAGUCCAGCGAUGUCACAUGCGACUUACUCCAGCAACAAGAAGCCAUCAACAAAGUGCUCCUUGGCGCCGGGAUAGAACUGUGCGAGGACAUCCGACACGCAGGUGGCACCCGCCUGGCUCAGAUUUCCGCUUGCGCCUACCCACUCUGGGCUCAACAGGACGACUCGGCGAAAAGCGCGGCGCUCAAGCUCGCCAAUGACCUGCUCACGUGUCACCAAUGUUUCACCACCGUCGAAGUAUACUCCACCGCCUGCUGCAGGAGUCAGGUUCGGGAUGCCCUCAGGAAGAGUCCCACCUUGAAGAGCCUGACUGUCAACUUACUGAAUCACAAUUCUUGCAAGGAUGGCAAUCAGGCCGACGUUUUCACGCUCGUCGAAUCUCUUCAAUCACUCGAAGAGCUCGUCUUGAAAACCGAGAGCGCUCCGCUCUACUCGACGGUUGAAUGUGACGCUUCUGUGACACACACGCUACUGGCACAAACCCUGAGACAUCUCACGACGCUUGAUGUGAGGAAUGUGGAAAUGAGUCCGCAAUAUGCGCAUCAGUUCGUCUGGGCUCUCAUAGAAAACAGCACCGUAGUCGAUCUGGCUGUCGGAGGCUGCGUUUACAGAACAGGCCCUCCCGGCGAACCCGGGCAACUAUUUGCCCAAUACCUGACUAAGAAUUCCGCCACCCCGAAGAAGCUGACGCUGAGUGACGGCUCUGUUUGCGAUAAUCAAGUUCUCUGGAGGACACUGGUUGCAGCGCUCUGCAAAACGACCACAUUGGAAGAGUUGACUCUGGACUUGUCCAUCGGACACGGAAUCUUCACUGAAGUGACCGCUCUCUUCGCCAAAGUGGUCCUUCGCUGCUCUAACCCUGCGACUCCUCCAGCUACCUUGGCCAGCGCAAACCUACCGCGGCCAGUUCCUGAAUUGCAACCGAGUGCCACGUUAUCCCUUGGCGCAGUGGAUGAAGCCGUGGCUCAACGUUCUGUGGAAUACCUCCGGACUGCACGAGCUGGGCAUCUAUUUGCCGGGCAUGGACGAAGUGCAAUGUCGCACUCUAUUCCGAGCUGUCGCCAACAACAAGGCAUUAAAGAAGCUGGUACUCCAAGAGGUGCCACUGAUCGCGAAUAGCAAAGGCAGCAGCAAUCUGGUGGUCCUGUCCAGAACUAUCCAAGAGUUAAGCCUCGGCGACCGCGUUCACCUCAUGAACAUUAUCGUGACCUUUGAGAACGCGCCCAAGAUAUUGGCAUCCGCGGAACUACCAACCGUGAACUUCAACAACCUCCGCAUCGAGUUCAGCGCAGAACGGGACCUGGAUUCUUUAAUGGAAUGCUGCGAGGCGCUCUCUCACCGCGGAACCUUGACAUCAAUAUCGGUCUGCUGCAUGUUGAUGCGUGAACCCGCGUUCGGCGCCCUGUUGGAUUGGCUAGCAAAGUCGUCCACAUUGACGCACGUGGAAAUCGUCGCCUGUGAUCACGCAGGGAUAGAGAGCUUUUGUGGUUACUGCAUCGACAUGUACGACUGGGUGGUGUCGGCGCUGUCUAAGAACGCCAACAUCGCUAGAGUAAGCUUGGUUGGCGUCAAGGUACAAUCGAAACACCUUUACGUGCUCUGCGACUGCGCUUACAAGCAUCGAAACCUCAUCGAGAUCAGCCUGGCUCCAAAUUGCAGAGACGUCGACACGUGCAUCCCGAAUCACAGUAGCUCGCGAAACAUGGAUUCCUACGUGGCCGCCAUGAGGGAGCUGCAGGAGAUCAUGCGCAAGAACGCCUGUCGGGUCAGUGCGGCGGCCAUGUUCGUCUUGGGCGAGGGCAUCCUCAAGGGCGCCAGAGUCAUCGAGUCCCUGCACAACCAUCCACGGCUGCUGGAACUGGUGCGGAAAGGCGCAUGUGUCACCGAAGCCGAGGCCCAGGCGAUGGCCCAGCGAGCCAUGAAUAGGGUUCGAGACUGCAGCCUUCGCGAAUACAUGAGGCUUACCGGCGUGGUCAAGGAGAAAGUGGAGCGCCUUGACCCCGAAUCCAAAGAAGUCCACCUCGUAGACUUGCCGGAUGAUUUCUUAAUCCGCGUGCGCCGAUGCUUGAAGCUUACACACGUUGUUAUCCCACGCGGUGUAGAAGUCUGUGAUUGGCCCACCGGGCCCGUGCCCCCCUUGAAAUGUCCGUUUAAGCAUCGAGCCUGCCCAGUUACCCCUUUCCUCCCUAGCUUCCCUUCCCCAUCCCCCAAGAAAAGUUCUGACAACGCCACUGGCUGCCCAUAACGACCUAUCUCCUUGCACGACUAACUUACGGAAGCGCGCGUGCCUAUACAGCAAACCCAGUAUGCAUGCACGAACCGAGAAAUAAAAUCAUUAUUAUGUUCAGAGAAUAGCGUCGUUAUUCCUUUUCUUGUUUUUGUAUAGAAGCCUUAUAAUACAAAUGUCACGCGAAUUAUUACCGCUUCACCUCUUCGGAAAGAUGAAAGUUGGC